AUGGCCGACUUUGAGGAUUCUGCUGCUCGCUAUGAAGAUGACCGCGGGUAUGAACGUCGCGACCGAUCUGCUUCGCCUCGGGGAGAUCGUGAUGACCGCAACCGCAGUCGAUCACCAAAUGGGCGUGACAGAGCGCCACCCCCUCCAUCUGACACUCGCAUGAAAGACGCCGAUGAUGAAUCCCUGAACAAUGGCUCCAAUCUCUUCGUGACUGGAAUUCACCCCCGUCUCACUGAAGCCGAUGUCUCCCGCCUGUUCGAGAAGUAUGGCGAUGUCGAAAGCUGCUCAAUCAUGUUGGACCCCCAUACCAAAGAAUCUCGAGGAUUCGGGUUCGUCAAAAUGGUUUCCAACGAACAAGCAGAGGCUGCCAAGGAAGGCUUGCAAGGCGAGGUUGUUGAAGGUCGCGUCCUGAGCAUCGAGAAGGCUCGGCGUGCCCGUCCUCGUACUCCCACUCCAGGGAAAUACUUCGGCCCUCCCAAGCGUGGCGACUUCCGUGGCCCACCUCGUGGUGGAUACCGCGAUCGCUAUGACGACCGUCGGGGAGGUUAUUCGGGCCGACGUGACGAUUACCGUGGCGGCGACUAUCGUGGUGAAUACCGUGGUGACUACCGUGGUGGUUCUCGAUAUGACGACUAUGAAAGACGCGGUUACGGAGGUGGCGGCAGCAGACGCGAACGCGACGAAGGCUACGGCGGCCGCGGCAUUGAUCGAUACGAGGGUAGGCGCGAAGAGGGAGGCUACAGCGGCGGCGGUAGCGGCACGCGUGGUGAUCGACGUGGCUACUAUGACCGCAACGACGAACGUAGCUACCCUCCUGCUACACGCGAUGAAGCCCCUCGUGAGUAUGCAGGUGGUCGAGACUAUGCGCGUGAAGAUCGUUAUGCCAGCAGGUAA